GCUGCAAAGGCAACACAUAGGGCGGCACUUAUCCACCUCUCGCUGUAAGAACUCAGUACAUAGAAGAAAGGAAGAAGAGUGACAAAACAUUCCGAGUGAAAUCAUGCCUUCCUCUUCCUUUACAACCACCGCUAGCGACGUGUUCGAGACGGGCAAGUACAAGGCGGCGCUCCGGAGAGUCGAGGCCUCGGCGACGCAGCCGCCGUCGUCGUCGUCGUGCGCUCCCGCUGAUCCGCCUCCGAAGCCUCUCCUGAUCGCGUUUCCGGCGGAGGAUGCCGGGGAAUUCCCGGUGCUGGUGUUCCUCCACGGCUAUCUCCUCUACAACUCCUUCUACUCGCAGCUCAUCCGGCACGUCUCGUCUCACGGGUUCGUCGUCGUCGCCCCUCAGCUAUACACCGUGGCCGGGCCAGACACGACCGACGAGAUCAACUCCGCCGCAGCGACCACGAACUGGCUUCCCCGAGGCCUCGCCGACCUCCUCCCGCCUCAAGUCCGCCCGAACCUCGCCAAGCUCGCCGUCGCCGGCCACAGCCGCGGGGGCAAAGCCGCCUUCGCCCUCGCCCUCGGCAAGUCGACGACCCCGCUCGCCCUCCCCUUCUCGGCCUUGCUCGGCAUCGACCCGGUCGACGGCAUGGACAAGGGCAAGCAGACCCCGCCUCCCGUCCUCACCUACGUCCCUCGCUCCUUCGAUCUCGACAUGCCCGUGAUGGUCGUCGGGUCGGGUCUGGGCGAGAUCAGGAAGAACCCGCUCUUCCCGGCGUGCGCGCCGAGGGGCGUGAACCACGCGGACUUCUUCGCGGAGUGCCGACCACCCGUUUGUUAUUUCGUCGCUGAGAAGUACGGGCACUUGGACAUGCUCGACGACGAGACGGAGGGGCUGAGAGGGAAGGCCACGUACUGCCUGUGCAAGAACGGGAGGGCCAGAGAGCCCAUGAGGAGGUUCGUGGGCGGGGUGGUGGUGGCGUUCUUGAGGGCCCAUCUGGAAGGCGACGACGUGGGCUUGAUGGGCUUGAGGGACGACGGGCAUAAGGUCGCUCCUGUGGAGCUUCAGAAAGUCGAGUUCCUGCUGUGAAAGCUUCCGAGUAUGUUUCGGCCUUUUCCGUAGGAGGAGAGAAGAUACAUACUUUGUUAUGAUUCUGUUUGAGGGAAGAUAAAUUGGCGUUGUGAUGAUUAUUGAUUUGGAUGAAAUGUGCAUUUCAUGUAGUUUUGGGAAAACUUUGUUAUACCCCAAAGUUUGUGUGUUAAAUUUUUCAAAAAGUAAUAUGGAUUCGUGUAA